AAUACUUCAGUCAGAGAAGGGCCGGCCUCUUGCUUGGAUGGUGUUAGUGUUAGUUGAGUUCAGUAAUCUCACGAGUUGCAUGGUGAAUACUAGUCAGCACUCAGCACUAGGGGUUAGAAUCUGGGAACAUAACCACAAAAGUGUUGGCAAAAUGUUGAGUGAUGCAAUGGAUGUGACAGUUUUUGCGAUGAAAGUGAAUUUGUUGGAGAAUCUGUGGGCCGAGUGAACGAGAGACAGCAUGGAUUCUGUGGUCAGGAUGAUCGUGUUUCUACUUGUCUCCAUAGCAGGCGCCUGUGGCUCAGUAGAAGUGCACUUCGAGAACAAAGAUGGCGGCUUCUUCCUGCGCCACACGGCCAAACAGCCGUACCAGGCGGUGGCAGACCUGGGGGCGCCCGGAGGGGCCCAGGGGGGGCUCCAAGGGGGCUCUCAGGGGGGCGGAUCACAGCUAAGCGUAGACAGGUUCACGGUGUUCGAGACGUCACAACCGAUGUCGGUGCGGGCCACUUACGGGCCUUUCUCCACCAAGCAGACUGUUCCUGCUCGAUAUAUUGUGCCAGAUCCCAUGCCUUUCAAUGCGUCCGGUCUGUUCAAUGAGAUCGAUCACCACCUAGACAUGUCGGCGCAUAUGGUUCGCGGAGAAGUCCCGCGCGACUCCCCCGUGGUACGCGUUCUGUUCCACGCGGGAGCCGACUCGGUCGGUGGGUCCGGACUGGGGAUCUCAGGGGGACUGCCAGGGGGUCGCCAACCUGUCUGCAUUGUGCUACACGUCCAGGGACCAUCAACAUCAUCGUCAUCUUCGUCAUCAUCAUCUGCAGCAUCACCACCUGCUUUGUCUGCUUCGUGCAGUCCGGAUGGUGAGGACGGUGUGUGCUUGGCUGAGGUCGUUCUGCCGGCAAGUUGGUGGGUGCCACUGCCUCCGCCUGAUGAGAAGCCUGUCAAGUCGCCGCCCAGAUAUGCGAAAGUGUCAUACUCGGUCGUGGAGCCACGCGGCUCAGAAUGCGCGCCCCGCGUGCAAAUCCAGCCGAUGACGCGCCUGGGUUCGGUGGCGCUGACCGCCGCAAAGGCCGGUUACCGCGAACUGCGCAGCGAUCAGCAUCUGGUCAUACUGGCCGCGCAUGCGCCGCUAUAUCCGCGAUCCACCAUGCACUUCCCUGUCUUCUUCUACAACCAGCCCGGGGAUGGCAUCAAUGGAUUCAUUCUGAGGGCACGAGUGAAAAGUGGGCUGAAAAUAUUAGGUGGUGAGGCGAGCACGCCAGAUGCUUGGAAUGUGAGCGUCGAUCUGAAUCCAAAACUCACCGUCGCCACUGUCAUGGCUUUCAGGCGCAAAGGACCUGACAAUAAUCCUCCUCCCAGAGCGGAAGAGGUGCUAACAUUCCUGGUACAAGUGUUAGACGAGGGUGCCGAUCUAUGGGACGAGGGUCGGCUGGUGUGGACCGUUCGCUACUUCACAGACAGCACCAACCCGAGCCGGCAGCAUCACGCCUUGAGACCGCAGCGGGAUGACGACACCCGGCGCAAGAUCACUGCGCGGCUAGAAGUGCAUAAGGACGACAUACAGGCUGUGUUGCCCAUAUCCAAGAACUGGGAAGUGAUGAACACGGCAGUGCUCACAGGCAGACAGGUGUCACAGGCUAUGAAGGUGUUCAUAGUGAGUCAGGCAGGCAAGGUGGCUGACGUCACGCUGCAGUCAUCCUGUCACUCCGAGGACGAAAGCAUAUUGAAGGUGUCGUCAUCCUGUAGCUCGGUGUACGUAGACGGGUCUGAGAUACGAGGCUCGUGGAAUGCAUCGGUGCUGGUGAAGUACGGCACUUACACGGGCCUGGCUCGCUUCCGCGUCUGGAUGCCCGAGUUUCCGCUAGAUGUCAGCGUCGCCGACUUCCGGUUGAGUCAGGUCAAGGGCUGGCGGGUGCCUGACGAACUACCUAGAUCGUCCGGAAAAAUCAAGAGGAGUGUUGAUGAGCAGCGCUGGGAUGAGAUAGACGGUCACAGCAACGAGAUGAUCACUGAGGAUGUGGGCAACUCAGUCGAUGACGACAAGAACUCUGCCUGCAAGCUCAGAUUCCAACAGAGUCCAGUCGAGGUUUACGCGCGAUUCCUGGCAGCCGACCACGAUUCUGGCCGAAUGAGCUAUUUUGUGAGUAGACGCACCUGGCUGCGCGUCACCGACCUAGUUAUGUCGCUACUGCGCAUCUCGGAUCCCCGUAUUGCGUCACUACACGGUCACAUUGUGCAGGGCAGGAGUAUUGGUCGCACUGAAGUGCAGGUGUUGUCAGCGAUAUCAGGCCGUGUGAUCGGCGCAAAGGAGCUGCGCGUGGGCAGUGAUAAGGUGUCAAUGUCGCGACUGCGGGUGGAUGUGGUGUCAGGGUUGCAACUGAACAUAGUGCCCGACAGCGGCAUUGAUAACGGCUACAUUGCUGAGACCUCUGUCACCAGGAAGCUCACUGCCCAGUAUCAGGAAGGCCUGCUAGACAUCGACGUGGAGUUCUCGGACGGGACCCGCGCCCCGCUGCGGGAAGUGGCCGUGACGGACUACCAGCUAGUGGUCGACAGCCUGAACCCGGACAUAGUGGCGUUCGCGCCCAUGGUGGCUUCGCCCCACCCGAGGGUGAUAGCCGUCGGCCAGGGCAAGGGUGAACUGUUGAGGGUUGCGUUGCUAGUGGCUGAGGCGUGUCGUAGCACUGCCACGGGGGCCAACAAGAGGACUACGCCCUUGUUGACUAAUACUGCAAAGGUGCAAGUGGACUUUGUUCAGAACAACUUGCAACAGCAUCGACCGGACUUUGUGCAGAACGACGGUGGAGCCGGAUCAGUAGGUAUUGGCCGUUCCCACCGCAAACAGCUGCACACUCAACUCAAUUCUGACUCUAUUCUCAUCGGAAUCCCGUUGAAAGACGACAACAACCACGAGCCAACGGUGCAGGCGAGACAGCACACGGGCCGCGGGGGGACCAACGGGGGGGACACUGGCAACGGCCUGAGCCUGCUGGGCCUGGGGGGCGGCGGGGCCAGUGCCCACCUUGGGGGCGGCGCUCGAAUGACGCCCCUCGAGAUCGGCAUGUACGUGCUGCUGGCCGCAUUCUGCUUUGCUAUUGUUGUCUUCGUGGUCAGCUGUGUCGUCUAUGCCUCCAAGUUCAAGCCGCAGGUGCCUGCACCCUACUUCCCAGGCUCACCACUAGACUCGCCGCCCGAAUCAUCCAUCCCGAUGAUGCUACCGGGGGGCAUGCCUAUGACGUCAUCAGCUCCCCACCACUCGGCCCACCUGAUGGGAGGGGCCAACACUGGCGGCGGCCAUUUUGGGCCCGGCAACCAACAUGGCGGCCGACAGAUGCAGAUGCAUGAGCCAACCACCAAUGCGCAUGACUGGGUGUGGCUCGGCCGUACCACGCUCGAGAGGACUAGUGGCAUGCUAGUACCAGCGGCAGGCCACGCCCACAACCAGAGCAGCAGCCAAUCACAGCGCGGCAUUCGCAUCACGGCCAACCCCGCCUACCCCGUGGCAGCCAAUCAUAACAACGGUAACUACAGUGUGUCACCCAGUCAUCAUGUCGACUCGGCCACUUACUGCAAGGAGAAGCCUGGCCGUAUGGGCAAGGAUGCUAGCGAAAAUUUGUGGAAAAUCCUACCACCGCCACCUCCACUGCCGCCCCACGGCCGAGGGGGCAGUGACGACCCGGACUAUCGGCCCCCUGUACCGCCCCAUCGCAACAUAGGCGUCAAUGCAAAUGCCAACGCCAGGUCAGGCAAGACUUUCGCCCCAAACGAGACUAAUGGUGGUAGACGUCAUCACCACCAUCAUCAUCAUCACCACAGAAACAACUCAGGCGGGGGAGGGGGCAGCAAGCGACCCCCCCGCACCCAGCACCAUGACGCAAACCACAACCAUCAUGACGUCACAGCUAUGACGUCAUCGGCCGACUUCCAGUUCACCACAGCCGAGCCAAGCGAUGUGGUGAAGCGGGCCACGAUUGUCGGCAACCCCAUGUUCAGCCAUGGGGAGGAGGAGGAGGUGAUGGUACACCAGCAGAGGGGCGGCAGCUGUCUCCAGGGAGGGGCAGCCGCCUCCAGGGAGGAGCUGUUGGCCCUGGAGGAUUUGAACCUCGGCAUGGAUUAUCAGCAGAUCAUGGAGUACUUUGACAACCUCAAAGAGUCCAAUGCUUGACUCUAGAUCACGGGUUGCGUCACAGACAAGUCUAGUGCGUUUUAGGGUGGAGCUUAAGUGGCCUGCACACAGGGGCAUUA